CGCAUUAAUGACAUGCAAUUUUGCAACGUAUCUUUGCCGAGUCCUUGGGCCGGGAAACUAUAUAAACCGAGUGUUUAUAAUUGGCCAGGCUAGCCGUCAGGAUUUUUAACCAGGCAGGAUGUCGUUCUACGCGCUAGCCGUGCUCUGCGUUACCGCGCUCGCGCUCGUCGCGGCUCAGGAUCUCGAGCUUCCCGUGCAGACCUGCAAGCACGAUGCAGAUGACUAUUCGUCUUGCCUGAGACUCGCUAUGCAAGAAGCAUGGCCGACCUUCAUCCCAGGUUUACCGCAAUUCGAUAUCCCGCUGUUGGACCCGUAUUUCUUGGAGCAUCACCAAACUAAAUACGAUGCUAACGACAUACGCGCCGACAUCACGGUGACGAACGUCAACACCUAUGGACUCGCGAAGACACGCUUCUUGGCGGUGAGGCCAACUUACGCCGAUGACUUCUUCAAGUUGGAAGUCGACGUCGAAAUGCCGAAGGUGCUCAUUGAGGGUAACUACAAGGCGGAUGGAAUGAUGGGAGCGUUCCAGAUUGGCGGCGAAGGCUUCUUCAACAUCAGUAUGGAAGACAUCAAAGGCACGUGGACCAUAGAAGGAUCGGUGGCGAACGAUAAAUGGACUGUCGAACAUUUCACCUUGAACCCCGAAAUUGGCAAAAUGCAGAUCUGGUUCAGUGACCUGUUCAACGGCAACGAAGGCCUCAACCAAGCCGCGCUGAAGUUCGUGAAUGAGUACUGGCCAUCAUUGUACCGGACGAUACUGCCGUUCAUGGCGCAGGAUUGGGACACGUAUCUCACCGAACUCGCCAACCGUAUAUUUUCCAAGGUCUCCUUCUCGAAGACGUUCCCCUGAAGUCCUCGAGGAGGGUCCCUCUUGCACUUUUGGAGCAAGUACGUAGUGGUAGUCGAAGUUCGAUCGCGGACGAGAUCUCGCCGAGAAGUAGGAAUCGCGAGUUCUUUAGGAGAAACUGCACAAAGUACCGGCGCGAAGAAACACACGGAGCUGCCUCCUCCUUUCUUGUUCACGCGCCUGCGAAAAUCCUGACGUGAUAACCUCUUCAUUCUCCCUUACUGUACCGUGAUAGCGUUAUUUUACCUGUAUCCACACGACGUCGACAUGCGUGUGAGUUAGUGCAAUAGUUCACCGUCAAGUUUACCGUAUGUGACUAUGUAACGCGUAAACCUAGAUUACCUCUGGUCAAUCGUUACCGUCGCCGUGUUGUUGCUAUUGUUGUAGCGAAGUUGUUUAUGCGAGACACCGAUGUAACGAAGUCUCCGAGUGAAAUAUAGAAAGUAUCAAGUACA